UGUCUUCUCUCUGAUCUCAUUCCUAUUAGAACUGGAUGAUUAUAUCUUACAACUCUUAUUUUCUAUUAUAUAGCUGGGCGAUUUUUAUGUUUUUUUCUAUACCAAAGAGACCACUGACCCUAGCAGCCAAGUCUGACAGUUGACCAGAUUGCAAGGUAACAAGUUUUUUCUGAUUUUGGCCUUGGCUGGUCUGAAUUGAGGUAACCAUGGCUCUGGAUUUGGUCGGAGGAUCACUGUUUUCACUGCUCUAUGACGGCGUUAAGCAAGCAAUGGUGAAGACUACUCAGUUCAAAUCCCUCCUUGCCGAUCUCAAAUCCACGCUAGACUCUUUGCAGCCAAGAAUCAUUGAGCAGAUUGGAGAGCACAACACAGAAUUGGGUCUCUCAAACGAGGAAAUAGAAGAUCUCAAAAGACAAAUGGAGGAGGGAGUGAAGCUCGUUGGGAAGUUUUCCGAGUUUCGUGUGUGGAACUACUGCUGCAUAGGGGAUUACACUGACCAACUUAUUGAAUUGGACAGGGCUCUUAGAAGACUGCUGGAAAUGUUGAGGCUGCAGGAAGCGAGGGAUGUGAAGGAGACUUUGCUUUUGUCGAGGCAAAACCGUGACAAACUUGAUGAAGUGAAUAAGAGGCUGAUAGAGAUACAGAAGUUGUUAGUGCAGCAGCAGCAGCAAGCAGGGGGUGUGACGGAGGCCACGGAUUCAGGAAAUAAUACAGAGGUGGUUCCCGAGCCAAUUCAAGGGAAUGGCAUACAAGUCGCGGAGUUGGAUGGAGGAGUUGCUCUAGAAGCAGUAUUUGGGAUGCUUUUUGAUGCUAUUUUAGAAGUGCAGGGCAAGGCUGUGAUGUUUAAAACCCCACUUGGUGAUCUCAAAUCCACCCUAGAUUCCUUAAAACCACUGAUUGAAGAGAUAGCACAACGUAACAAGGUAUUGGUUCGCCCAAAGGAGGAGCUAGAAAAAUUUAAGAAACAAAUGGAGAAGGGCGUGGAGUUGAUUCCCAAGUGUUCCAAGGUUCAUCCCCGGGCCAGCUGCAAAAAGUCCACGUACACUGAAACACUUAUUGAAUUGGAUAAGUUUCUUCAAAGACAGUUGUAUAUUCUCAAAAUGCAGGUAGCAAGGGAUGUGAGGAACACCUUAGUUUCGAUAAGGAAUAUAGAGGUGGCAAUUGAGCAAAUUGAAAAGAGUGGUGUGCUACAAAAUCAAGUUCAAACUGAAGGUUGUUCAACGGUAUCUGGACCUUCGCCGCCUACAGUUGGAUUGGAUGUAGUGAAUGUGCAGGGAACAAGGGAUGUGGAGGAGACAAUGAGUUCAAUAAAGCAUACAGCAGAAGGGAUCAAACCAGUUGAAGAGAGUGGUGUAGUACAAAUUCAACUUGAAACUAAAGGAACCAAAAAUGCUCCCAAGGAUUACACACUACUCUCUCGGAUAUCCAGAGCUUUCAGCAGGAACAUAGAUUCGGACACUAGCAGUGGCGGAGGAACAAGUCUAUUCUCGGAGGGAAAAACAUCAACAUUCAGAAGCAAAGAUGAUGAUCAGUCAAUUGAUUGCCAUAUCUUGGAGACAUCCAACCUAAGAGUUUUCAGUUUUGCAGAGUUGAAGACUGCUACAAGGAAUUUCAGGGCAGUCAGAAUGCUUAGUGAGAGAGGCUUUGGGAAGGUUUUCAAGGGCUGGCUGGAUGAGACGACGCUUUCACCUUCUAAACCUGGCACUGGAAUGGCGGUUGCUAUCAAGAAACUGGACCCAGAAAGUUGUCAAGGGUGGCAGGCAGAGGUGAACUUUUUAGGAAGGCUUUCUCAUCCGAACCUUAUAAAGCUGUUGGGAUACUGUUGGGAAUAUACGGAGUUAUUCCUCGUUCAUGAGUUCAUGCCGAAAGGAAGCUUGGACAACCAUCUUUUCAGACGUCAUCCAAACGUUGAACCACUAUCUUGGGAAAAAAGAAUCAAAAUAGCCAUCGGAGCAGCUCGAGGCCUGGCCUUCUUGCACAGUUUAGUACAACAAAUUAUACACAAAGAUUUUAAGACCUCAAAUAUAUUGCUUGAUGGGAAUUACAAUGCAAAACUCUCGGAUUUUGGCUUGGCGAAAUUGGGGCCAACUGGUGGAGACUCACAUGUGUCAACUAUGGUUAUGGGGACAUAUGGGUAUGCUGCGCCAGAAUACAUUGCAACAGUGCACUGUAAAUUAACAGGUCAUUUGUACGUGAAGAGUGAUGUGUAUGGCUUUGGUGUUGUGCUGCUUGAACUUCUCACAGGGUUACGAGCACACGAUCCUAAACGCCCCCAGGGACAAGUGAAUCUGGUAGACUGGGCUAAACCACUUCUUUCAAAUGAAAGAAUGUUGAAAACCAUCAUCGAUGCGCGGAUGGAAGGCCAAUAUUCCAUGAAAGCAGCAUCAAGGGCAGGACAGAUUACUCUAAAAUGUCUACCACCAGAUCCUAAAAUCCGACCUUCCAUGAAAGAAGUUGUGGAGGAACUGGAACAGAUUCAGGCAAUCAAGAAAUAACUUAAGUCUACAGAUUCAAGCAACUCUAAAAUGUCUUUAGGUAUGGUGUCACACCUUCACAAAACCAAAAGCUAAGAAUGAUCCUAUAGAUUUUCUGUAUUGUAUAUUGAUAUAGAAUGUUUGAACUAUUUGUCGUUUUUAUUGUUUUCCUUUUGCCAUGUUGAUGUUCUGCUUAUUUUGUAACCGUUGUUUAUAAUUCAUAACAUAUGCUGCUUCCCCCUUGUAAUUAUAAAGUCAUCUUUUGUGCUUAAUUAGACUUGUAUGUUAAUGUGGCUGUGCCAAUGGGGCACGACAGCGAACA